AGGAGCCCAGUCAGUCAGGGUGUUAGUGUUGCAGGAAGCACAGAGAUCUUCAGUGUGGGUCUGACCGCUGCCGGAGUCUCUCGGCUGCCUCGUGUCUCCAAGAUGUUGGCGUGGGCAAGGCAGGCGAUGUGUGGGCGUGUGAGGGCGGUGUGGGCGGGGGCGUGGAUGACGCUCCUCCACCUGCAGCUCUCCGAGGCUGUCUGCAGCCAGUACUUCAACAUCCCCAGCACAAACAAUCCUUCGGCACUGGGGGGGCGGUGGGUGACUAUGGCCAGCACCAGGAGACUCAUGCCCUGCCACAGCCUCCAGGGGUUCCUUCAGACAGAUACUUCUGUACGUGUGGAGGAGUGGUGGCGGCAGACUGGCGUCAUGGCGCAGGUCUGGGACUACAACGUCACUAGUACUGUCACUGUCCGGGACGGGCAACUCUCUGUCACCCAGUAUGGCCUUGACGGGUUGCUGACGGGCGGGCCGGUGAAGGUUGGGGUGCUGGACGACAAGCUCCUGCUGGUGCAGUGUAACCCGAUCUUUCUGGUUCCCGUGCCUGCCAUCACCAUCCUGGCCAGGAAGAUGCCCGCCAACCCCGCGGAGGAGGUGCCGGCCGUGCUGGACUACUUCCAGGUCCCCAAGACCAGCCAGGACAUAACCCUGGUGAAGCAGGAGGGCUGCGACCUCCUCGCUACCAACCCAGCACCUUCCGUCCUCACCACCAGGCUCGCCGACGGAGACAUCGGCUUCUUCGCCGGCCUCCAGCCAGCCGCCCCUCAGACGCGGACCUGGAAUAUAAUCGACUCACCUGACGGAAACGGCCUUCCAUAGGACACGUCUCUUUUUUUUUGUCCAUAAGAGACUCCUCACGCAGUUACUGUGAUCGUUGUUGGUACCAUUAGGACGAUACGGAACAAAAUUCAAGAAAUACACAUCGCAAGUAUAAGCACACACACACACACACACACACACACACACACACACACACACACACACACACACACACACACACAC